AUGGGCCGCCACACGCUAGAAUACCCCAAAACAAAGGACAACACCGUCCGCCGCCACAACGAGCGCGCAAUCUACGCCCUCGAGACCAUCCACUCCCUCAUCAACUCCUCCCAGCUCCUCGACGUCUCCUUCAACCCCCCAGACUCCCCCUUCCCCGUCAUCCUCCCCAUGAUCGGCCACAUGGGCUCCUUCGACCGCCCCAGCGCUGACCUCGGAGACCCCCUGGACCUCUACCUCCACGGCUACGUCUCCUCCCGCAUGAUGAAUAUCGCCCGCGCCACCAACAAGGACCAGGACAAGGACAAACUCGAGGGUGAUGAGCAGCAGCAGCAAGGCCUCCCCGUCUGCGUCGCCGCCUCCCACGUCGAUGCCCUCAUCCUCGCCACCUCCGCCUUCAACCACUCCUACAACUACCGCUCCGUCGUCCUCUUCGGCCACGCCACCCUCGUCGACGACGACGCCGAAAAGACGUACGCCAUGGAGCUCAUCACAAACGGCGUCGUCCCCGACCGCUGGAAGUCCUCCCGCCAGCCCCCCACAAAGGCCGAGAUGCAGAGCACCAGCAUCCUCAAGGUCAGGAUCGCCUCCGGCAGCGCAAAGUUCCGCGACGGCGGCGUCUCCGACGACAAGCACGACCUGCAGAACGAGGAGGCCCAGAAUUCCGUCUGGACGGGCGUGGUGCCAGUCUUCUCCAGCCUGGGAGAGCCGGUGUCGACAACUUAUAACAAGGUCGAUGUUCCGGCCAACGUAACUGAUUUCAUCAAGGACUAUAACAAUGAGAAUAAGGAGUAUGUUCUUUCGGCUAUCAAGAAAUAG